GUUUAUGUUUAGGUCAACAACUAUAUUUUUGUUGACCCAACAACAACUCACUGUACUUUUGUUUUUACUUUAUUUUCUUGUUUAUUAUUUAGGAAGUAUACUGGGGUAAUGGUAGCUUACAGUUGUCGCCGAACUUAUUUGACGUCAAGGUUGAACAAAAUGACGGCAGCUCUCCAUGCAUCCGGUUUUGAAUGUCUAUUCGCUCGUUGCUUUCUAACUGCCGACCUCCUUCUCCCGCUAGUUUUCUCCGGCGGCUGACCCGAUAGUAUCAGUUUUUAAAUGUUGGUCUUAAUAAUUCGGGAUGGCUGAACCAGACGAAGGUAAUUUUGCAACAUUAUGCAUCAUUAUUUUCACAAAUUAAGAUAAAAACGCCGAAGAGCGAUAUGAAAUCCUCCAGGACUUAUGUAAGCAACAGAUGUUGAUUAAUGAGGCACUUAAAGCCGAGGUAUUAAGACUGGGGGAAUUGUAUCAAAAAGCAUCUACAGAACGCAGUUUGCUAUUAAAUGAAUUACUUGAAAAUCACUCCUCCUGCACAAGUGCCGUUUUCGCGAGUGAAGCCAGUGAUUAUAUUGUUCCUUGCUUUCCUAAAAAACGCUCUAUGGCCGAUCCGGUGGUUGAGAUUCCAAGGAAGACUCCGGCUAUGUCUCUCAGUCCUGAACGCAAGGUCGUCUCGCAGCCUUCUGGAUCUUCCGAGUCGGAUCUACACGGCGAGGAUUCAAUGGGCUAUGAUCCCGACACAUGGAUGGCACAGGAUUCGUCCACAGUUUUGGAUCAACGAGAGAAAGCGCCUUUGAUCGUCCCUUCUGCUACCGCACCUGUGCGCAGCUCGGUUUCCAGACUUCAAAACUUAGCGACGCAGUUAAACUCACCAUCUGGUCUCACAGUGAGGGAUCCACAAACAAAUCCAAACUGUAAUUGGCAGCAACCAUACACUAGCCCCGGAUCGCCUCCUACUCUGGCUGUCCCGACAUCGUCUGCAGCCAAUCCAGUUAUCGCACGUUCUCUAAAGGCCGCCUCUUUGGUUACCAGCUCUUCUGUAUCGUCCAGUUCGAGCAUUCCAUUUGUGCCCAUUUCUGGGCAUAAAGGUCCAACACCACCAGGUCUGCAAGGCAUGAAAAGCAUAUCAUUCUCUUCUAGCCGUGCUGUGUGCGGCGCUCAAGGUUCUCCUCUAUCUCGGCCCAAUGCUCCAAUCAGCGUUGUUUUCAAUACCAACACGUCGUGCUCAGGCAGCGGUCAAGCGACAUUGCUCGGGACUAAAGUCCAGUCUUCUCCACAGGGUACAACUUCGUUGCGGUUGGCUUGCUCCACUUCUGGUCAACGUAUUUUGAUACAACCAUCGAGCACAAACGCAAGAUCUGUUGUGGUGCAUCCAUCGGAGAAUCACUCGAGCGGAACCACUGGAAACUCCCAGUAGCUGAUGUGUUUGUAAAAAUCGUCUGCCUUAUUUUCACAGUACGAAGUCUUCAGUUAUUUAUUCACUCCACGAAAUUAUGUACAUUCCUACCCAUCCGCACUCUAUGUACAGUUGCUUCCUAUGCAUUUCUGACCCAGUGCGACUCAGACCCCGCUUCUUGCUCGUUGCACGUAUUUUGAACUUACUUUCUUGAUAAAUAAUCCC